CCACACACACACACACACCCACACACACACACACACACACACACACACACACACACACAGGAAAGGUGUGUGAGUGGAAUAAAAUUCAGUCAAGGUCAAAUGUUUAAUACCACACUGCGUGUUCUGAAGAAAUCUUAUCUGUGAUGCGUCCUGUCCAGUGUAGCAGUAAAUCAAAACUUAACGUGUUCAAAACUUAUAUUUAUUUAUUUACGUAUUUGUUAAAUGUUCUGACAAUUUGGACUCAUUGAGCACUGACACACACACCAGGGAGGUUUCAGCUGCUGGAAUGUGAUCGGGUGAUGGCGCUUUCUUCAACUUUUGUGAUUAUUUUCUUUGCACUCAUCUGCUCUUCCUCUGCUGGCAGAACUGCUUACGCGCUUAAGAGUGGGCCAACUGAUGGCAAUCCCACAUCUCAGAAACAUGAGAAAAAUGAGGUGAUGAAUGAGUUUUCAAGUGGGACAACUGAAGGCACCCUAUAUAUUGAUCAGCCUGGCACAACUGAGGCAAAAAGUGGACAAACAGAGGGCACGCCCACAACUGAUCAGCCUGGUACAACUGAUGCAACAAGUGGACAAACAGAGGGCAUGCCCACAACUGAUCAGCCUGGUACAACUGAGGCAACAAGUGGACCUACUGAGGGCACACCCACAACUGAUCAGCUUGCCACAACAGAUGCAACAAGGGACCAACUGAGGGCACGCCCACAACUGAUAAGCCUGUCACAACUGAGGCAACGAGUGGACCUUCUGAGGGCAAACCCACAACUGAUCAGCCUGCCACAACAGAUGCAACAAGGGGACCAACUGAGGGCACACCCACAACUGAUCAGCCUGGUACAACUGAGGAAACAAGUGGACCUACUGAGGUCACACCCACAACUGAUCAGCCUGGUACAACUGAGGCAACAAGUGGACCUACUGAGGGCACACCCACAACUGAUCAGCCUGGUACAACUGAGGAAACAAGUGGACAAACAGAGGGCACCCCCACAACUGAUGCAACAAGUGGACAAACAGAGGGCACCCCCACAACUGAUCAGCCUGGUACAACUGAGGAAACAAGUGGACAAACAGAGGGCACCCCCACAACUGAUGCAACAAGUGGACAAACAGAGGGCACCCCCACAACUGAUCAGCCUGGUACAACUGAAGCAACAACUGUACAGACAGAGGGCACCCCCACAACUGAUCAGCCUGGUACAACUGAUGCAACAAAUGGACAAACAGAGGGCACCCCCACAACUGAUCAUUGUACCAGGCUGA